UCAACAAAAUUUUGCUUGUGAGAAAGCCCUGCAUGUAGCACUGAUAACGUGCACAUAGAGGAAAUCUGACAGCAUUCUCUCUUUAGGUUUGUACAGUUGUUCUUCUGUCCACAGGAAUUUUCCAUGGUCCUUCAGAAGGCACCUGUCAUAUAUUUCACUUCAAAUAAUGACACAGAGGGCGUAUCUAACAUAUUUAAACUUCUUGUGAUUCCUGUUGAUAAAGAAGCAUUCUUUAUGGCUUACAGCACGGCUUACCUCUGCUAAGCAUCAUUAAGAUUUACCACCCUGACAACAGACCAGGAAUGUUAUUUCAGAAUAAGGGUGGAUAAGACAGAUGCGAACGCACGCACACACACACGUAUGUGCAUGACUACGAUCUGAGGGCAGCAUUAGGGCUGCAUUCACUGAGGAAAAAGUGGACAGACGCCCCAGCCACCAUGAGGACAGCAGGCGUGGUGGUGCUGCUGGCUCUUGCCCUUUGCUGCUGCCCAGAUACUGUUGCACUGAAGGGCUACUGCAGUAACUACGUCGUACCCCGCAAUUUCUGCACGCUGGAGUACAUCCCACACUGCGGGUCUGAUGGUGUAACAUAUGCCAACAAAUGUUUAUUCUGCAAUGCAUUUCUGAGAAGCCGUCGGACUCUCAGGUUGCUGUACCUUCGAGAGUGCUAACACCUCAACAGGCUCCAGCUCAGACAGGAGACUCCUCCCAGGCAGUAUUCCCUAUGGCAGAGGCUGCCCUAAAACCUCAUCCCGAACUUUGAGAGCUCCUGAUAAAGCCUGAAAUGAAACUCUGCCCUAUAAAACAAAUAAACAAACAACA